CCAUGUGCUGAGGUCAUAGAAUUCGUUUUGACUUCAGUAAUAUUAACAUUCAGUAUUGGAUUAGCAAAUGGGCAAUGGUUCAUUGAUGUAGCUCGCAGCCUGGUCUCCAAUUUGAGCGAGCGCGAGGAUCGAUACUUUAGCCUACUCUGUUGUUGAAUUUCGAAUUUUGACGUUACUUUAAAACCAUGCAGGAUGGUUGGGCUUUUUGCCUUAACUAUGUCUGGCUGACACUCCCACUGUCUCUGCCGCCUGCACGGGUGACAUGUGCCCGUUCAUCAGGCCUUAUCUUUCCUUGAAGCAAGGUUGCAAAUUCUGCCAUCCUAGCCCUCCUCCAGUUCAUCACUUAACAACACCUGGUGUUUUGCAGUUUGCUGCGCUUUGGUGUGUUUAAAAAAACAAGUAAAAAGAUAAUAUAUAAAAAUCAUCAAAUAUUAUUAAUCUCAAUUUUGGAGGAAGGGUUAGUAUACAACACAGCCUGGUCUCCAAUUUGAGCGAGCGCGAGGAUCGAUAAUUUAGCCUACUCUGUUGUUGAAUUUCGAAUUUUGACGUUACUUUAAAACCAUGCAGGAUGGUUGGGCUUUUUGCCUUAACUAUGUCUGGCUGACACUCCCACUGUCUCUGCCGCCUGCACGGGUGACAUGUGCCCGUUCAUCAGGCCUUAUCUUUCCUUGAAGCAAGGUUGCAAAUUCUGCCAUCCUAGCCCUCCUCCAGUUCAUUACUUAACAACACCUGGUGUUUUGCAGUUUGCUGCGCUUUGGUGUGUUUCAUUCAUUAAAAAAAACAAGUAAAAAGAUAAUAUAUAAAAAUAUCAUCAAAUAUUAUUAAUCUCAAUUUUGGAAGAAGGGUUAGUAUACAACACUGGGCAGUUGGAGGCAGUCGCCCUCCAGCAACAACGGAGGGGGGAGGAGCGACGCUCACAACAACGAGCGGAGCGCCGGGCGGCUAAAACACAGCGAGUUGGCACAGUAGCGGGCACAGGUGGUGGUGCAUCUACCGGUCAUCUCAGUCAGUCGAUCCGUGGCACCUGCUGGGUCUGUCCCGAAACCUCCUGCACCUAGCCUGGCACAGUAGCGGGCACAGGUGGUGGUGCAUUUACCGGUCAUCUCAGUCAGUCGACCCGUGGCACCUGCUGGGUCUGUCCCGAGACCUCCUGCACCUAGCCCGGCACAGUAGGGGGUACAGCUAGUGGUGCAUCUACCGGUCAUCUCAGUCAUUCAACCCGUGGCACCUGCAGGGUCUGUAUCGAGACCUCAUGCACCUAGCCUGGCACAGUAGGGGGUACAGCUGGUGUGCAUCUACCGGUCAUCUCAGUCAUUCAACCCGUGGCACCUGCAGGGUCUGUAUCAAUACCUCAUGCACCUAGCCUGGCACAGUAGGGGGUAGAGCUGGUGUGCAUCUACCGGUCAUCUCAGUCAGUCGACCCGUGGCACCUGCAGGGUCUGUCCCGAGACCUCCUGGUCAGCGAGCCUUCAACGCUUCACGUGAUAGCCUCAAAGUGCACCUAGCCUGGCACGGGCGCCGUGGUGACGUCUCUGUGGUAUCGGUGGGGGAGCGGUGGUGCAACGGUUAGCGCGCUGCGCGCUACUAGUGACGGCUAUUAUCUUGAACAGGUCCUGGGCCUCCCCUAGGUCGACUCGGCCUCCAAUGAGUACCUGGUGCGGUGUGUAGUAAAGAUCGCCACUGGGGAGACAAAGGCGACCGGGCGUGCGCGCUGUUGGCCACCCACCCCCUCGUGUGCCGUGCCGGCCGUCAAAGGCGCUGCUCGCUAACAGCACUUGCCCCUACAGCCUGUUACAGGCUACGCGGGCCACCUUUGCCUACAGCACUUGCCCCUAAAUCCCCUGGAGGCUAUGCGGGCCACCUUUGCCUUUGGUGGCGGCCUCCGCCUCGUCACGUGGCUCGCCGCUCUGGCCAAUCGCGAGCGCCCGGCCACGAGGGCGCCGCUGCUGCUGCCACAGCGCGAGCGCUCUUAGCCCGGAGCCGCAGCACGCGAAAGUGUCCCCAGUGCCUCUCUGUGUCUCUCUGUGUGUCUCUCUGUGUGUAUCUGUGUGUGUAUCUGUGUGUCUCUCGCUGUGUGUGGGUGCCUCUGUGUGUCUCUCUGUGUGUCUCUCUGUGUGUAUCUCUGUGUGUAUCUGUGUGUCUCUCGCUGUGUGUGGGUGCCUCUCUGUGUCUCUCUGUGUGUCUCUCUGUGUGUAUCUGUGUGUGUAUCUGUGUGUCUCUCGCUGUGUGUGGGUGCCUCUCUGUGUCUCUCUGUGUGUCUCUCUGUGUGUAUCUGUGUGUGUAUCUGUGUGUCUCUCGCUGUGUGUGGGUGCCUCUGUGUGUCUCUCUGUGUGUAUCUCUCUGUGUCUAUCUGUGUGUCUCUCUGUGUGUCUCUCGCUGUGUGUGGGUGCCUCUGUGUGUCUCUCUGUGUGUAUCUCUGUGUGUGUCUCUGUGUGUGUGUCUCCCUCUGUGUGUCUCUCCGUGUGUGUCUCUCUCUCUCUGUCUCUCUCUCCGUGUCUCUCUCCCUCUGUGUGUCUCUCCGUGUCUCGCUGUCUCGAGAAGUCGCGCGAGAGAGAGAGCGGCGAGAGUCGUCCCGUCCGGCGGGGCUGGAUGAUAGAAGUCGAGGAGGCGACACAGAGGCGCCUCUCUCGUCCGCGCCUAUCGCCUGGGCCCUGCGCCGAGACCGCGCUUCGCGCGAGAGAGAGAGAGAGCGGCGAGAGUCGUCCCGUCCGGCGGGGCUGGAUGAUAGAAGUCGAGGAGGCGACACAGAGGCGCCUCUCUCGUCCGCGCCUAUCGCCUGGGCCCUGCGCCGAGACCGCGCUCAAACACCAUGAGCACCUGUCACUGGUGCACCCCGCAGCAGCAGCAGUACUGGCUGCAGUGCGGCGACGACUCCGGCGCGAGCACGCGGCGCGACGGAGGCGAUGAGGGGGAGGACGACGCCGACACCGACGACGACGACGCCGACGGAGGGCCGAGCGCCGACGCGGUGCGGCUGCUGCGAGCGUACGCGCGGGGCCGGCUGCCCGAGCGGCGGGCGCUGGCCGCCGAGGAGGACCUGCAGUACUGCCGCGACUGCCUCUCCGAGUACCACAGCGCGCGUGCCAUCCUGCUCUCCGCCUCGCCACACCUCCGCCAGCCACUGUGGCUGCUGGAGGAGGCUCGCGUGCUCAGGCAGCUGCGGUCGUUGCUGCAAGGGACAGGCGGCGGCGAUGAUUGCCGCGGUAGUGACCGUGGUGGUGACGACAUCGAGCUGGUCACCGCGUACUCCGUCAUGGAGCUGCAGGCCUCGCUCAAGCUGCCCUUCAUGGAGAUGCUGCAACACGCCCACCUGCUGCUCAACAAGGACACGUGCAGCCUGUUUGUCCAGGGGCUCGAGCGGCUGCAGGGCGUCCACCACCCCUUCAAGGUGGACUCGGACGACAAGCUGCCCGGCAUCUACCUCCUGUUCACCCACCCCAGCGAGAUGGUGCGCAAGUGGGCUCUGCUGACGGCGCGUGAAAUGGGGCGCAUCAGCCGGGACGACUACUACGACCUGGCGGAGGUGAUCGGCUGCCUACUGCGCGUGGUCGACAUCAACCCGUUCAUCAACCCCGACCUCUACAGCGCCGCCCUGGAGGCCGCCGCCGAAGUAGACGGCGGCGGCGGCGGAAACUCGUCGCUGGCGCUGAUGCUGCUGCCGCGCCAUCUCUUCGACCCGACCAACCACAAGAGCUACUGGCUGGGUGUGUGCAUGUUGCUGAGUCUCCUGGAGGAGCAGGCCAUGGAGAGUUUGCUGCUGGGAGUGGACCGCAAGGCCGACCUGGUGCAGGCCAUCAUGCACACGCUAGAAAUGUCUCCCACCGAUGGUACUGCGAGCAACAUCAGCGCGUUCUGGCCGGCGCUGCAGUGCCUCAUGCUGUUGCUCGACCGGCUGGGCUCCAAGGUGUGGGGCGGCCACUCCAUGGACCCCAUCCAGGUGUUCCACAAAGUCACCUCUAGCGCCAGCUACCAGCACGAGGUGGACGCCGUGCGCCUGGCACACUGGUAA